AUGGCUGGCUUCGGCUUGCUUUGGUCGAGGAUGCCGCAGCACGUCCAUGAUGAGGCUAGGCACAUCAUCAGUAGCUUGGUUCCCAUGGUGAUGUCCUACUUCAACCCCUAUGAGCAGAUCACCAUCUCCGAGUACGGUGAAGAGCGGUUCGAAUGGAACAAAAUGUUCUUCGCCGUUUCCACCUACCUGAGAAUGGUGUGCUUGGAUCAUGCAAGCAAGCUCAAGGCCGAGCUCGGCAACAACAGCAAGGAUGACCCGCUUAUCAGUCUGGACAAGAACCAAGAGGUCGUCGACAAUUUCGACGGAGCCCGCAUGUGGUGGAGGCUGUGCCCCAAAUCCGCCAAGAACAGGGGGCCCACCGUCAUCAGCUUGUUGCCUGGGGAUUCCGACGAUGAGCCUCGGUGCUACAGGCUGGUGUUUCACAAGCGCCACCGCAAACUUGUGCUCGACUCCUACCUGCCCAGCAUCGUCCGGCAGUGGCGCGAGAUAAUCGCCACGAACCGGCAGAGGCUACUGUUCACCAACCACUCCCAAGAAGGGAAGAGCAGGUGGAUCAAUGUCCCGUACAAUCCCCCGGCGACGUUCGACAUGCUCGCCAUGGACCACAGCAAGAAGAUCGAGAUCAUGGAGGAUCUCACGGCAUUCCGUGAGGCGAAGGAGUACCACUCCAAGGUCGGCAAGGCGUGGAAGCGGGGAUACCUCCUGCAUGGACCGCCGGGCACAGGCAAGUCCACCAUGAUCGGGGGCUAUGGCCAACUUCCUCGAGACAACGCCGAGCUGCGGAAGCUCUUCCUUGAUACGACGGACAGAUCCAUCAUCGUUAUCGAGGACAUCGACGCGAUUGAGGUCGAACUCACCACCAAGCGCAAGGGCAAGGAGGCAGCCAAAGAGAAUGACGACAACCACCUGGUGAUAGAGCUGUCCCGAGAAGAAUAA